AUUAUUACACCUAGACCCCGCAGAUCCGCAAUAUGUAGCAGUGUUUAGCAGCUUGUUAGGCGUGCAUGCAUACUACAACCUUCUUGCUGUUCACCCAAAUGACUUAGGGAUUGUGAACGUUGCAGCAACUCGCUAUGGAGUGCCCUUGUCCGACAAGAUGGGCGAGCAACAGAACAUGGACUUGCUUUCCUCAUGAGCGCUUACUUGCAAAUUUUCGCCCGAAUAAGGGCUUUGCGCAUGCAAUUCGUCGACGACUAGCUUGUCAAGGCAGUCACUCAAACGGAUCUUAUGACGUCGGCUUAACACGGAGUCAGGAGGGACGUCGGCAGCGUGCCCGACGCAAAGCUCCGUCGGAUGUUGCCCCAUCGACAUCCUCGCCCUCGCCGUGGAGCCCCAGCGAAAUUGCGUCCAGUCGCAUGGAAUGGCUGCACGGAGCCAAGGAGCAACCCUCGGAGGUGCUCCUCUCCGCCCUGCUAGCUCCCCAGCAGCUGCCCCCGCAGCGGCUGCCAGUGCUGCUGGCGCUGCUGGAGGGGCGGCCCGACCUGCCAGCCUGCCUGCGCGCCGCUGCCGGGGGGCUGGGCGCGGUGGCGGCUGCGGUGACGCGCAGUGAGCUGCUGCAGCGGCUGCUGCCGGGUGGACGGCUGCAU